AACGAAUUCAAUCAAGCAAAUUUCAACUUUAUUAUCACUAAAAAGCAACCCAGUACACAUCAGAUUCCCGUAACACGUACUAUUGUUUUUAUCUUGAGUAUUUAUAGUCCUGUAUCUAAAUAUUUAAUAGCUUCAUUGAUAUUAAAAAAACACAGUUGUAGAAUAAAAAGCGUGGUGCAAAGGUCACCAUCAUUGCUUGCGCUCUCAUCUUGAACAAAUUAAUUCAAUCAUCAAAAGUUACUUAAUAGGCACUAAAAUCAAUUAUAAAAUGUCUUUAAAAUUAUAUUGUGAUCUUAUGUCGCAACCCUCAAGGGCUUUAUACAUAUUAUUGAAAUCAAUAAAGUGUGAUUUUGAGGUGAAAUUCGUUAAUUUACGUGAAGCUGAACAUUAUUCGGAGGAGUUUAGUGAAAUUAAUAGGUUUCAGCGGGUUCCAGUAAUAGAUCACAAUGGAUUUAUUUUAACUGAAAGUGUUGCCAUUCUCAAGUACCUGUCCAGAGAGAAUAUAAUACCAGAGAGUUUGUACCCAAAGGAGUCUAAAGCUCAGGCUCGAGUGGAAGAGUUUCUGGAGUGGCAACAUGCAGGACUGAGGCUGCACUGUGCCAUGUACUUUAGAGUUAAAUAUUUAAACCCAAUAAUGUUUGGGAAGCCAGUGGAUGCCAAGAGUCUGGUUGGAUAUGAGAGUCGCAUGGUGUCUGCACUGACUGAUUUCAACACCAAAUGGCUUGGUAGAGGCACCGAUUUUAUUAAUGGCAACACUCCCACUGUUGCCGACUUGUUAGCCGCUUGUGAAUUGGAACAGCCUCGAAUGAGUGGUUAUGAUCCAUGUGAGAAUUUUGCGAACAUUGCAGUAUGGUUUAAGAAAGUUCGAGAACACUUCAACCCCUACUAUGGCGAGGGACACGUGAUAGUCAACAAAAUAAUUAAGAAAAAUUCUAAAGUAGCUUCUAAGGUUUAAAAUGUUAGCACUAAGUAAAUAUGUACAUAGGGAUAUAUUCGUUAUUUCAGUGAUUUAUAAAGUUAUAAAAGACAUACGCAUUUAUUUUUUUACUUCUGUGUAUGUUUACAAUAAUUUUUCGAUUUUACUAUUAUUUCAUUUAAUCAAUUUUUAAAGUUGUUAUCAUAUUGUGCGUUUCAGUCAGUUUUUUCCUUAACUAUUAUUAUAUGACGAACUCAGGUGCUUAGAAUUUUACUCAUAGUUUAAUGGCACAAAGUGCAUUUUUAAUUUUUAUGGGGAUAUCUAAAACUUUGGUAUGAAUUUGUGAUGGUGUAUGAUAUUAGUGAAAUAAAAUUUUAUGCCAUUUCUUUAAAAA